UACGAAGUGGAGUAAAGAAGUCCAGCAGGUCCAGAAUCUUUAAUCUCAGAUACACCUGCUGGCUUCUCCCUGCUGCUGAACUGCCAUAUAAGGGCUGAAUCUGGGGGCUGGAAGACACAAUGGGGUUUUCAAUCCCACUGUGUAUUCCUCUACUGCUGCUGAUCAGUGCAACAUCGAAUACUCUCUCUUCUGAUCCGUGCAAGACCUACACCUCUCUGGACCAACCCUGGAGAGCCGAUAAUGAGACUGGAUUGGACAUCUGUGACAGUAACUUCUUCUUUCACGGCUGGUACAGGUUGUUCUAUUAUGGAAUGAACAUCCGUUUGGCAGAGAGCUGUGUUGAUGUGAACAAAUGUGGGUCUUAUUACACUCUGUGGCUCAAUGGUGCUCACCCUCAGAUUGAGGAUGGUGUGGUCAGACGACAGGUUUGUGCAAAUGCAGGAUAUGACUGCUGUUUCUUCAGUUCAAUCUCAAUACAAGUAAAAGCAUGUCCAGGAGACUACUACGUGUACAAGCUCAUCAGACCACCCUACUGCAACAUGGCUUACUGCACAGAUGUCAGCACUAUAGCUCCAAACCCAACCCCAACUCCAGCCACAAACCUCAACACAAACAUGAUUUCCAGUCCUGCCGAUCAGAGUUUUGACCCCUGUAGUACCUACAGCAUUGUUGACGACUACUGGAGAAAUGCACGCAUUCAUAACUAUUACUACGUGGGUCAUGAUGACACUAUUGCUGAAUGGAAGGGUUGGUACAGACUGUACAUUGAGGGCAAAAGUGCACAAAUUGCUGACACUAACUGGUGUCAAGAAUACUAUACAAGAUGUGGAGGUAACACUCCACUGUGGCUCAACGGUUCUCAUCCACGGCUAGAAGAUGGCAUUGUCACCCGCGAAAUUUACAGAUCCCACAACUCCUGGAACUAUGGUUCACUGUGCACUUUUAGCAGAUCCCACUCAGUCCAAGUGAAGGCCUGUCCAGGAGGUUACUACGUCUAUAAACUCACAAAACCAGACGUAUCACUCCCAAUGCCAACAUACUGUGCAGUUGCUUUUAACAGCCUCAGUUAUGAUCCGUGCCACAACUAUAUCUCACUGGAUCAACCCUGGAGAGCCAGUAAUGAGACUGGAUUGAGCAUCUGUGACAGAAACUUUGACUGGAACGGCUGGUACCGGCUGUUCUAUUAUGGGAUGAACAUCCAUAUGCCGGAGAGCUGUGUUGAUGUGAACAAAUGUGGCACUUAUCACAGUCUAUGGCUCAAUGGUCCUCACCCUCAAAUGGAGGAUGGAGUCGUCACUCGCCAGGUCUGUGGAAAUGCAGGAUAUGACUGCUGUUACUUUAGAUCCACUCCAAUUCGAGUAAAAGCAUGUCCAGGAAAUUACUUCGUCUAUGAGCUUGUUAGCACUGAAUACUGCAAUAUGGCCUACUGUACAGACAUUGGCAGCAUAACUCCGACUUCAGGAACAGAAUUGAGUCUAACCCCAACAACCUCUGCAUCUAACUACAACACUGACCCCUGCUAUGACUAUCACGUUCUUAAUGACGACUGGAGAAAUACACACACCUACUUCACUAGUGGUAACAUGCAAUUUGAUGACACCAUUGUUGACUGGAACGGCUGGUAUCGGCUUUAUCUGCAGGGAAAAAGUGCUCAGAUCUCUGAGUGGUGUGUGAGCUUUACAACAUGUGGUGGGUACAUCCCACUCUGGCUCAAUGGACCUCACCCCCAACUGGAAGAUGGCAUCGUCACCCGGGAAGUCUAUGGCACCAACAACAUGUAUGGCUACAACUACUAUAAUGGCUAUUACUACUACUACUACUACUACUACAGUUACAGUAAUAACCAGUGCAGCUCCAGCUACAGAUCCAACCCUGUCCAGGUAAAGGCCUGUCCAGGAAAUUACUACGUCUACAAACUGGUUAAACCAGAGCUCUCCAUUCCAAUGCCUUCAUACUGUGCAGUUGCUUUUGACAAUGUCACUGACCCCUGCUACAAUUACAUCUCACUGGACCAACCCUGGAGGGCCAAUAAUGAGACUGGUUCAUGGUGGCUAUCUGACAGUAACUUUUACUGGAACGGCUGGUACCGGCUGUUCUAUUAUGGAAUUAACAUUCGGUUGGCAGAGAGCUGUGUUCCUACAUACAGAUGUGGGGCUUACUACACUUUGUGGAUGAACGGUUCUCACCCUCAGAUAGAGGAUGGAGUGGUCACUCGUCAGGUCUGUGGGAAUAAUUACUAUGGCUGCUGUGGCCUCCAUUCCAACCCCAUACGUGUAAAAGCCUGUCCAGGAAACUACUAUGUCUAUGAGCUCAUCGGCUCAUUAUUUAACUCAGCAUACUGUACAGAUGUAAGCACCAUUACUCCCACUGCGUCACCAACUGCACCCACUGGUUCUGAACUCAACACUAUGACAACAAGACCAACAGACUACAGCUUUGACCCCUGCAACACCUACACUGCUCUUGAAGAUGAUUGGAGAAAUGUCUCCAGCUGGGAUUACUGGAACGGGUAUUUAAACAAUGUUUAUGAUGACACACUUUUUGAAUGGAACGGCUGGUAUCGGUUGUUUUUUCAAGGAGAAAAUGCUCAGAUUCUUGAGGGAUGUGUGAGCUACACGAGAUGUGGAGGGUACAGUGCACUCUGGCUUGGAGGAUCUCAUCCACGGCCAGAAGACGGCAUCGUCACCCGAGAAAUUUAUGGAUCGAUAAGGGAUGGAAAUGUUGAGUGUAAUAAUUACAGAUCAUCCCACCCAAUCCAAGUGAAAGCCUGUCCAGGAGAUUACUACGUCUACAAACUUGUCAAACCAGAUGUGUCAUUGCCAAGGCCAACAUACUGCACAGUUGUUUUUACCAAACCGAGUAUUGACCCCUGCUACAACUACAAUGAACUGGAUGAACUCUGGAGAGCUACAAACCAAACAAACAACUGGUGGUUGUGUGACAGUUCCUUUGGCUGGGAUGGCUGGUAUCGUCUUCUCUAUGAUGGCAAUAACAUCCGGAUGCCAGAGUCAUGUGUUAAUCGGGGCAUGUGUGGCACUGAUAUCGCUCUCUGGCUAAAUGGUUCUCAUCCUCGACUGGAAGAUGGAGUGGUCAGUCGGCAGGUCUGUGGGAGCUGGUACGGUGACUGCUGCUAUUUUAAAUCCUUCCCCAUUCAAGUGAAAGCCUGUCCUGGAAAUUACUAUGUGUAUGAGUUUGUCAGUCCAGCCAUCUGUGCAUCAGCUUACUGUGCAGAUAUAGACCUCCUUUCCCCAGUAACUGCUCCAAACAUACCAGAUCAUAUAGAGCCCACCACUGUGGCCACCACCACCACUAUCGAAAUACCACAAACUACUACGACUGAGCCGCCCACUAUCACUACAGAUGUUGGAAGUGAAACCACUACAGAAACACCUCAAACAACAACAACUGAGCCACUGCCUACCACUACAGAUGUUGGCAGCAUUACCCCGUCAGAAAUAACUACUACAACUGAGCCACCCACUACCACUACAGAAAUACCACAAACUACUACGACUGAGCCGCCCACUAUCACUACAGAUGUUGGAAGUGAAACCACUACAGAAACACCUCAAACAACAACAACUGAGCCACUGCCUACCACUACAGAUGUUGGCAGCAUUACCCCGUCAGAAAUAACUACUACAACUGAGCCACCCACUACCACUACAGAAAUACCACAAACUACUACGACUGAGCUGCUCACUACCACUACAGAGGCCAUCAGUAACCCAAGCACUGACCCCUGUGAUAACUACAGCAUACUGGAUGAGCCCUGGAGAGCCACAAACAGCCCCAAUUACUGGUGGGGUGUACACUGUGACCAAUACACCAGCUGGAACGGCUGGUAUCGUCUGCUCCAUCAGGGCAAUAGCGUCCGGAUGCCAGAUUCAUGUGUUAGUGAGAACAUGUGUGGAACUCAUGCCCCUCUCUGGCUGAAUGGUCCUCAUCCUCGACUGGAAGAUGGAGUGGUCACUCGGCAGGUCUGUGGGAGCUGGAACGGUGCCUGCUGCUUUUUUAAUUCCUCCCCCAUUCAAGUGAAAGCCUGUCCUGGAGAUUACUACGUUUAUGAGUUCGUCCGUCCAAAUGGCUGUUCUUUAGCUUACUGUGCAGAUGUUGGAAAUGAAACCACUACAGAAAUACCACAAACAACAACAACUGAGACACUGCCUACCACUACAGAUGUUGGCAGCAUUACCCCGUCAGAAAUAACUACUACGACUCAGCCACCCACUACCACUACAGAGACGCCGACCACGACUGCUCCACUGAACACUAGCACAGGUCCUUUCUAUCCAUUUGGAGUUGGGGAUAUAGAGAACGGGCGAAUUGAUGAUGGAAGUUCACCAGCUAUAGCUCUUCUACAGCACUUUAUAUUCUUUGGCACAACAUACGCUCAACUUUAUGUCAACAAUAAUGGAGACUUAACUUUUGAUCAGGCGUGGUACAGCUUCGUCCCCUAUCAGUUUCCUGCUAAUGCUGGACGAGACAUCAUUGCUCCAUACUGGACAGACAUUGACAAUCGUUACAAUGGAAUCAUCUCAUACCAGCAAUACACAUCUGGCAGUGUUCUCACUCAGGCUACCCAGGACAUUAACCAGUAUUUCCCUCAGCUUCAUUUUAAUGCCACUUGGGUCUUUGUUGCAACGUGGAACAGAGUAGGAUACUGUUGCUCUAACUCAGGCGAAGAAACAUCUUUCCAAGUAGUCUUGAUUUCUGAUGGACGGCUGUCUUUUGUUCUAAUGAACUAUGGUAAAAUUGCUCCAACAAGCCGGGCUGUACAGGCUGGUUAUGACACAAGUGACUCCAGCUACUAUUUCUCAAUCCCCGGAUCAUUUCAACGCAACUACAGCAAUGACUUCACAUACACAAGCAAUGUGAAUGUCACGGGCAGAUGGGCUUUCCGUGUAGAUCACGGAUCACGAACAUGUCAGUUUAAUGGCAACACUGUACCUCAGGGAACCAGUUUCUGGACAGAUUCCUCAUGCUGGGAGAGAUGCACCUGCACUCGCAGGGGUCUCCAGUGCAGCUCACAGCCUUGCACAUACUCUCAAGCCUGCCGGCCUGCUGCCUUGGAGUACAGCUGCCAAAAUGUUCAACGCCAAACCUGCACCAUCUCUGGAGACCCUCACUACUACACCUUUGACAAUCAGAUCUUCCACUUUCAGGGGACCUGCACCUAUGUCCUGUCGGAGGCUUGUGGGGAUGGGUUGCCAUACUAUCGAAUUGAAGGGAAAAAUGAGCACAGGGGCAGCACACGUGUAUCAUGGACACGCUUAGUCCGAGUGUUUGUCUAUGAUGAAGAACUGGAACUGGUGAAAGAUCAUCAAUAUGAGGCCAAGGUCAAUGGCAGUUUUGCAUCAACACCUUUCAGCCUCCGGAAUGGCUCCAUUCAAGUCUACCAGUCAGGUUUUUCAGUGGCCAUCAGUACAGAUUUUGGCUUGGUUGUCACAUAUGAUGCAUAUUCCUACGUGACCAUCAGUGUGCCUUUUGACUACCAGAAUGCAACCUGUGGCCUAUGUGGCAAUUUCAACCACCACCCAGAGGAUGACUUCCGUACACCUUCAGGUGAAGUCUUGAGUUCAGAUACAGACUUUGCAAAUUCUUGGACAGCAACAGGGGACACAGAUCCUGGCUGCCAGAAUACCUGCUCAGGCUUGACUUGUGCUGCUUGUACUGAAGCUCAGAGGAGCCUCUACAGUAAUUCAGACUACUGUGGAAUCCUGGGAGAUCCUGCUGGUCCUUUUAGCUCUUGCCACUCAAGACUGUCACCCCAGACCUUUAUGGAGAACUGCAUCUAUGAUCUUUGUGUGGGAGGAGGAUACCAGCCAAUCCUAUGCCAGGCACUCAAUGUGUAUUCUGCUCAAUGCCAGCAGCAAGGCGUUCAGCUUGGCCUUUGGAGGAGACAAGGAUUCUGUGAAAUCUCAUGUCCCAGGAACAGUCACUUUGAGUCCAGUGGAACAAGCUGCCCUGCAACGUGCAGUAACCCCACUGCUCCCGUAAACUGCCCUUUGCCGAACCAGGAGAGCUGCAUCUGUGACGCAGGAUAUGUCCUAAGUGCUGGAGAAUGUGUAUCUCAAGCCAACUGUGGCUGCACUUUUGAAGGACUCUACUAUGCCAGUGGUCAGUCAGUGAUAUUGGAUGGGGACUGUGGGAGGCAGUGUUCCUGCAACAGUGGAGUAAUGAGCUGCCAAAACUACCAGUGUGGUCCACAAGAGAUGUGUGCAAUCCAUAAUGGUGUGAGAGGCUGCAGACCAAUAGGCUAUUCCACCUGCUGGGUUGAAGGACCAGGCUUCUAUCACACAUACGAUGGACUGAUGUUCAGCUACCCAGGAGCCUGUGAACUGACCCUCAGCAGGGUGAUGGGACUUUCUCCACUCCCUAACUUUGCAGUAACAAUUCAGAAACAGCCCUCAGGCCCUCAGGGCUUUUCCAGAGUGCUGACAUUUGAGGCAGAGGGAACUCAGGUUUCUAUGAAGAUGGAAGAAGGAGGAACAGCAACUGUGGAUGGUCAGGAAGUUGCUCUGCCAUUUAGCGUUGGCAGCGGUCGAAUCCAUAUCUACCACAGCAGUGUGAAGGGCAUAAUCAUGGAAACCACUUUUGGUGUAACUGUACGAGCUGACUGGCCACACCUCAUCCGAAUCACUGCCCCCAGUACCUACAAUGGCACACUUGGAGGACUGUGUGGGAAUUUCAAUGAAUACCUUGAAGAUGAAUUCCUCAGUCCCGAUGGAGUCUUGCUGAAUGACUCGCGAACAUUUGGGGAUAGCUGGCGAGAUGGGUCCCUCUCAGCCCACUGUGAAGAAUCCACUGAUAUCUGGCAAAAAGGGUAUUAUCAGGACAGCAACCAGUUCAGGAUGCAUUGCAGCAUACUUUCCUCACCAUCUGGACCUUUCGCUCAAUGCCACAGCAGUCUGGAUCCCUCGGCGAAGGUAGAGGAUUGUAUCAGUUCCCUGCAACAGACAGAGGGUGCAAAGGAAGCCCUGUGUGAGGCCCUGCGAGGGUAUGCUGUGCUUUGCCAGCAAAAUGGCAUUGUCUUGCAAGAAUGGAGAAACAUCACUGACUGUGAGUUCCCCUGCCCAACCAACAGUCAUUAUGAGCUGUGUGGAACUUCCUGCCCAGCAGCCUGCCCUAGUCUCUCAUUCCCCUAUCUGUGCACCCAACACUGCCAGGAAGGGUGCCAGUGUGAUGAUGGGCUUCUUCUGAGUGGAGACCACUGUGUGCCACCCAUUGGCUGUGGCUGUCUGCAUGAAGGGCGCUAUAGGCAGGGUGGGGAGCGUUUCUGGUACGGUGAGCAGUGCCAGUCCCUAUGCAUCUGUGAUGGGACCACAGGUUUUGUCCGCUGCAACCCAUCAUCUUGCAGUGAGCAGGAAACCUGUCGUAUUGUCGGAGGAGAAUAUGGCUGCCACCCUCAACCCCGUGCCACAUGUUCUGCAUCAGGGGAUCCCCAUUACACCUCUUUUGAUGGACGUAAUUUUGACUUCCAGGGCACCUGCAGAUAUAUCUUGUCAACUGUCUGCAGUGACAAUCAAGAUCUACCAUUUUUCCAGGUUGUUGCAAAAAAUGAAGCAUGGAAUGGGCUCCCAGUCUCAAUCACUGUUGAAGUUUCUGUUAAUGUCUCAGGACACCUGGUUCUGGUCUCACGUAACAAGCGUGGCAUUGCUGUGAUUGACAGUGAGACUAAGAAUCUUCCAGUCCUCCUGGAUUCUGGCAGUGUCUCUGUUUACUCCAGUGGGCAGAACACAUUCAUUACAACUGACUUUGGCCUAAGUGUGAGUUACGAUGGCUCUUGGGUAGUGCGCGUCACUGUUCCAGCUAAUUACAGUGGAGCAACCUGUGGCCUGUGUGGUAACUUUAAUGGCCAGACAAAUGAUGAUUUCCGAAUUCGCUCAGGUGAACUGGUUUCUUCAGCUUCUCAGUUUGGAGCUGACUGGAAGGUCGGGAAUGAUACUUCAUGCGAUGAUGAAUGUGGAGACUCCUGUGCACGAUGCCAAAACCCAGUGUCAGCACGGUCUCAGUGUGAGAUUCUCAGGGACAGACAGGGUCCUGUAAGUUUCUGUCAUUCCUACGUGGACCCCGAGGCCUACUUUAACGAUUGUGCUUUCGACUUAUGCCUCUCGGAGUACCAACAUGAUGUACUGUGUCGAUCUAUUCAAACCUAUGUGAGUGCCUGCCAGUCUGCCAAUGCUCCAGUCUUGCCCUGGAGGCAGAACACAACCUGCCGCAUGGACUGUCCCAUGAACAGCCACUAUGAACUUUGUGGCACAGACUGUGAGCAUACCUGUGCUAGUAGCAUUGAUUCUGUAUGCGAGCAUGCCUGUUCAGAGGGCUGCUUCUGUAAUGAAGGCUUUGUGAGAAGUGGGGGCUUCUGUAUCCCAGUGGAACAAUGUGGCUGCCUCUACAAUGGAUUUUAUUUCAAUAUAGGUGAGAAGUUCUGGAACCAAGAAUGUUCACAACACUGUGAGUGUUUUGCUCCCAAUGACCUGCGCUGCUCCUCCAUCUCCUGCUCUCCCACCCAGGAGUGUAUGGUCAAGAAUGGCCAACGCGGCUGCUACAGCACAAUGUCCUCAUGCAUGGUGUGGGGUGAUCCCCAUUACCUUACCUUUGAUGGAGCUGUAACCACCUUCCAGGGCACUUGCUCAUAUGAGAUAUCUAAGACCUGUGGCAAUCUCUUAGACAACGGCCUGGAGUUUCUUGUAGUGGCGACCAACAUGCACCGUGAGAACAAGGAUGUGUCCUUUGCCUCUGUAGUGGACAUAUGGCUUUCUAAAGGGGGACAGCGUUCACAGAUUACUAUCGGACAGAACAAGAGAGUGAAGGUUGAUGGGACAGACAUUGACUCAUCUGCUUUUGAAAUCGGCCAACUUGCAGAAUUUCAUCAGGAGAAUGAUUUUGUGGUUGUAAAUGCAUCCAGUGAGUUGAUGGUCUACUUUGAUGGUCGUUUUACACUUUUGGUGAGACUGGACGAAAGCUUUCACGGAUCUGUAUGUGGAAUGUGUGGAAACAAUAACGGAGACGCUGCAGAUGACAAAGCUAUGCCCAGUGGAGCUCUUGCACCCAGUGACGAUGAAUUUGGCAACAGUUGGAGAUCAGAAAUCAGCACCCAAGGGUGUGGAGCUAUUGAUCAGAGAUAUGAUGUGAACGACUGCCCCUUCACACAGGAGUACUCUGAAGUCUGCAGCAUCAUCACCAACACCAGCGGACCUUUCCAGCACUGUCAUUUCCAUGUCAACCCCAUGGUUUACUUCAGGUCCUGCGUGUAUGAUCUAUGUGUCUACUCAUCAGCCAAUGGCAUGCUGUGUUCAGCUCUGGAGGCCUAUGAGGUUGCUUGCACUACAAUGGGUCUGGAGAUCUCAGAGUGGCGCUCUGAUCUAGGCUGCUCGUACACGGACCCUUGUGCAGAGCUGGAAUGCACAGCAGACGAGUGGUGUGGAGAGAAAGAUAACAUCUAUGGCUGCUUCUGUAACGAGAACCAUCCUAGACCAAAGAAGGAGUCUUAUGACUCCAAAGAAGAGUGUGAGAGCAGCUCUGGCACCAUGUCUCUGUCCCGCUGUCAGCUCUUUGAAGCUGGUUUCUCUGCUGACAUCCUGCACCUGAGUGACCCCAACUGCACAGGGACAAUCCAGAACGGCAGACUGGUCUUCUCCUUUGAUAACGAUGCAAACAUCUGUGGGACAAAUCUUGUGGCCAAUGGUACACACUUCAUCUAUGAGAACACUAUCCAAGGAGGAGCAGACUCAGCAAGAGGAUCCAUCCACAGAAAGAAAUAUCUAGAACUGCAGUUCUCCUGCAUUUAUCAGAUCAGCCAGACCCUCUCCAUGGACACAGAAUUGACCCCUCUGCAGAGCGUAGUGCGCAAGAGGCUUCCAGGUCAGGGGAUGUACCAGGUCCGGAUCGUUCCCUAUCAGGAUGCUGCCCUCUCCCAACCUUACAACGGCAGUGUGAAGAUAGUGGUGGACGAGAGGAUCUAUGUGGGAGUGUUUGUUCAGGGGGUGGACAGUCGUCAGAUUGCCACAGUGAUAGACUCAUGUUGGGCCACUCCUGAGAAUGACCAGAACCAUGCUGUCCGCUGGGAUCUCAUCACUAACAGGUGUCCUAAUCCAGAGGAUACGACAGUAGAAGUUCUUCAGAACGGUGUCUCCACUACUGGCCGUUUCUCCUUCAGGAUGUUUGCCUUUAAUGGAGACUAUCAGAAAGUUUUCCUUCACUGCUCCAUUCACCUGUGCAUUCUGGAGGGCAACAACUGUGCAGCGCGCUGUUUCCCUGGGUUUCACCACAGAGUUGGCCGGUCUGUGGACAUCCAUGACAUGGCCUCCAUAUCUGUGGGGCCUUUCAUCUGGACAGUCUGAAGCACAGGAUUCUUCAGAUGAGGACUUUCUGGAUAACCUGACUAGACCUUUGUGAACAACAAUUUUACCCAACCCUGACCUAAUCUUCUUUUAAUAUGAUUAGCCACUGACUCUGCGUGGAUUUCUCUUUUUAAUUCAUUAAUCAGUCUUUAUUUCAUUCUGAUAAGUUUCUGUAACUGAAGAAAUAUAAUUAAGAUAUGCUACCUGCAAAAUUACAAACCUGAGCAUUAUUUAGUAUUGCUCUGACUGCAGGAUAAAUUGAAUUCUGGGUGUUGAUUCAUCAUCUUUAUGAUUACUUUCUAUAGCAUUUCUCAAUAAAUUACUCUAUGAAGCAUGA